GCUCCUUCAUGAUGGCUGAGAAAAAGAGCUGGCUGCUGAAGUGGGCUCUGAUCGCCCUGCUGCUCUUCUCCGUCCUCCUCAACAUCAUCUUCAUCAGCCUCCACUCCAAGCGGGCGCCCAGAUGUGCCACGCAGGCAGGCCCCUCUCCUGCAGCCAGGCACGACCAGCGCAGCCAGGUGUUCGCCGACCUCAGCAGGGAGGAGUACCUGCAGGUCCAGCGCUACAUGCUCCAGCAGAAGGACCUGGCCCUGUCCACCCGCCAGCUCACCAAACCCUCUGAGAACUUCUUGUUCCUAAUCGACCUCUCCCUGCCCAAGAAGCGGGACGUGCUGGCGUACUUGGACAGGAAGGGAGCCAAGCCUGUGCGCGAGGCCACCGUGGUGGUCUUCUACGGAGCCCAGGGCCACAUCAAGGAGUACGUGGUGGGACCGCUGCCCGAGCCCAAGUACCACAGGGACGUCACGGUGGAGCGGUACAAGAGCGGCCUCCCCAUCAAUGCCCGCACGGUCACCAGCGGCGAAUACGUGCUGCUCUUCAGCUUCCUGGAGCGAGAGGUCUUCUCCAAGCUGCCGCGGCUCAUGAAGGAGAGCUUCGGUGCGGACGCUGGCACGGCGCUGCAGGGCUUCGAGCAGAUGCCGCGAGGUGUCCGCUCCAAGGACAGGAAGACAUGGAUCUCCUUCUUCAGAGACAUGAGCGGCGUCUACAUUCUGCCGGUGGGCUUCGAGGUCCUGGUCUACCAUGACAGCGUGAGGGAGUCAGACUGGAGCGUGAAGAAGCUCUACUACAACGGACAGUACUUUGACAGCGUGACGGAGCUCCGGGACAAAUACGACGCAGGGACCAUUAAGAAGAUCGUCCACCACCGGCCGGAGGACUACGGCUCGCUGAGGCCCAGGAGCGGCCCGCGGCAGGCGGCUCCGCAGCAGCUGAGCGUGGAGGGCCGGCGCUUCAGCCUGAGCGGGAACCAGGUCCUCUACCUGGACUGGAGCUUCGCCUUCGGCCUCAGUGCCCUCACCGGGAUGAGGGUCUUCGACGUACGCUUCAGGGGCGAGAGGAUCCUGUACGAGCUGAGCGUGCAGGAGUCCAUGUCGGUCUACGGCUCCGUGACCCCGGGCAUGAUGAUCACCAAGUUCCUGGACUCCAGCAUCGGAAUCGGACGCUUCGCACACGAGCUGGUCCGAGGCGUGGACUGCCCGGCCGACGCCGUCUACGUGGACACCUACCGCUACAUGGACGUCCCGGCCCCGGUCAGAUACCGAAACUCCAUCUGCAUCUUUGAGGUGAACCGCGCCGAGCCGCUGCGCAGGCACUUCUCCGACUUCUACCAGCACAGCUACGGCGGGAUGGCCAACAGCGCCCUCGUGGUGCGGACCCUCACCGCCAUCUUGAACUACGACUACAUGUGGGACUUCAUCUUCUACCAGAGCGGCUCCGUGGAGGCCAAGGUCCACGCCACGGGAUACAUCUCCUCGUCUUACCUGGUGGACGGCAGUUUAAAACACGGCCACCAGGUGGCGGCAAACGUCCUUGGAAACAUGCACACGCACUUCGUCAACUUCAAGGUGGAUCUGGACAUUCUCGGAGUGAAGAACGUCUUCCAGACCAAAGACAUGAAGUUUGUCAACACGUCCCUGCCAUGGAUGCCCGAGCACCACGCCAUGGUCCCUCAGCUGGUGGAGCAGCAACUCAAGACUGAGCAGGAGGCGGCGCUGCGCUUCGACACCAAGACUCCACGCUACCUUCACAUUGCCAGCAAUAAGACCAACCGCUGGGGCCACAACCGCAGCUACAGGCUGCAGGUCUUCAGCAUGACGGGGGACCCCCUACCUGAGAGCGAGGCCGAGGAGCGGGCCAUGUCCUGGGCCAGAUACAAGGUGGCGAUCACAAAGCACAAGGACGAGGAGCGAACCAGCAGCAGUGUGUAUAACCUGAACAACAUCUGGUCUCCUCCGGUGGACUUCAGCAGCUUCAUCCAGGACGACGACAACAUAGUGGAUGAGGACCUGGUGGCCUGGGUCACCACCGGCUUCCUCCACAUCCCUCACGCUGAGGACAUCCCCAACACAGUAACCGUGGGCAACGGAGGCAGUGUCCUGUUGCGACCACACAACUACUUCAACGAGGACCCGUCCAUCCAGUCUCCGGACUCUGUGUACCUACGACCCGGCACUGAAAACUCCUGCGACUCCAACAGGAUGGCGUGCAUUGCUCAAGAGACCUGCAGUCCCGUCCUGGAGCCCUUCACCUACCAAGGCUUCGAUGGCGUGGUCAAGUUCGACGACUGGUCCGAGUGACUGGAGAGGACGGACCCCGACCGGCAUCCCAGGACCCAGUCACAGCUGAGUCCACAGCAUUUACAUUGGAAACCGCUUCAUGGUUGAAAGUCAGGGGAGUUGGCUUCAACGCACGGCUUCAACGACGCUCGCUGAGUUUACAACACUUUAAAGUCACUUUUAUUGAAAAAUAAUGUGCAGGAGGUAAGAACCGGAAAGAUGUGGAGGCAGGUGGCACCACAGCGCUACCACUCAAACCUUUUACAUACAAAUAGCUUCAUAUAUGCUUCAUAAUAUCAUGUGGGUGUGAUUAAGACUCGGUAACACGGUGUGGUUUCAGUGACACACAGAGGGAAACUUGAGACCAGAUAAUGACAGUCUCCACAGUCUUUAAAAAAAAGGUUUCAGAUUUGCUGGUGCCCGGAAGUCUGACACUCACGCCUUGUCCCGCAGUUCGAGCCCAGCUCCCCCCUCCCCGCCCACGCACACGCACACGCCGACACACACCGUAACAGUUGCAGACAGGGAGCGUCUGAUGCAGCAGAGCAGCCCUGAUCCGGAGCUCAGACCGACAGAGACACAAAGCUGUUGUACUGCUCGAUGUUUCUCUUCAGGAUGUCCGAGCAGGGACCCAGGACUCUCUCGAACCGAGGCCGGUCCAGUUUCACACACUUGAGAGGUCCAGAGGCGAGGACGGUGGCGGCGCGAGGACGGUUCAUCAGCAGGGCGAUCUCACCUGCGGCCAGAAGAAUGACGUCAAUGCCAGCUGCGUCACGGAAAGUGAGCCUCUGUUGCAAUAACUGCAUUCACCAAUGGGCGGCGCCCUGCAUUGAUUCUGUUCAUGGCCUGCUGUGUUGCAUCAUACCACUAUUGUUAGCGAAUAAAAGUCGCUCCUGUCAAA